UUUUUUGGACGUUUUAUAAAUCCUUAGAAGAAGAAGAAGAAUGAAUUGCUUUCCUUGUUUCACCUCUCAAAAGAGUAAGAAAAGCAAUAGCAAGAGGGAACAUGGGGAUGCACAACCACAGGAAAACAACAACCUUAUAACCAGAACACCAGAUAUCAAGAAACCAAAGCCAGAAGAACCAGCCCAAGUUGACACAACAACUAUUCAAGCACAAAAUUUCACUUUCCGCGAGUUAGCAAUUGCAACAAAGAAUUUUCGCCAAGAAUGCUUGUUGGGAGAAGGUGGUUUUGGCAGAGUUUACAAAGGAACAAUUCCUGCAACUGGACAGGUGAUAGCAGUGAAGCAACUUGACCGAAAUGGGAUUCAAGGCAGUAAAGAAUUUCUGGUUGAGGUUUUGAUGUUGAGUCUCUUAAACCAUGAAAAUCUUGUCAAACUCUCCGGUUAUUGUGCUGAUGGUGAUCAACGUCUUUUGGUCUAUGAAUACAUGCCAGCGGGUUCUCUAGAAACUCGUCUUCUUGAGAGAAAACCUGAUCAAGCUAUAUUAGAUUGGUAUGAAAGAAUGAAAAUAGCAGCUCAUGUUGCAAAAGGACUAUGGUACUUGCAUGACAAGGCAAAUCCCUCAGUUAUAUAUAGGGACUUGAAAUCAUCGAACAUCUUGCUUGAUAAUGAACUUCAUGCAAAACUAUCUGAUUAUGGACUUGCAAAACUUGCUGGUAAAGAUAAGAUGAACAUUGUUCCUACAAGAGUCAUGGGUACUUAUGGUUAUAGUGCUCCUGAGUAUGUAAGAACAGGUAACCUCACUUUGAAGUCAGAUGUAUACAGUUUUGGAGUUGUCUUGCUUGAGCUCAUAACUGGAAGACGAGCUGUUGACACCACAAGAUCGCACGACGAGCAAAAUCUAGUUUCAUGGGCACAACCAAUAUUUAGAGAUCCAAAAAAAUAUGGAGAGUUGGCUGACCCAAACCUCGGUACAAAUUACCCGGAAAAGGAUCUGAAUCAAGUUGUUGCGAUUGCAGCAAUGUGCUUACAGGAGGAAUCAGCAGCGCGUCCUUUGAUGAGCGAUGUUGUAACUGCUUUGAGUUUUCUUUCUACUACUCCUCCUCCUCCAGGCACUGCUCCUGCACCAACUCCACCUCCCAAAUCCACCUCCCAGAAGACUGUUUCCACUGCCGACGAAAGUUCUGAUGAAGAGCGUUCGGAUCACGAGGACAAUCAUGAUAUUGCAGCAGCUAGUGGAAAAUACGAAGAAUGUGAUGAUGCAUCAGACAGUGAAAGUGAUUAUUAUGAGGACGAAAACCAACAUUAUAGUCCACAAGAUGGUAAAGAAACAAAGCAGUUCUACUCCAAAUCAAGCAACAAAAGCGGUACCAAAUCAAAGAAAAGUUCCAGUUCCAAAAAGCAUGGGGCGGAUGGAAUUUUAACUCAGAAAAGCAGUAAGAAGGGCAGUAAAAAAUCUUCUGCAAGAUUUGCAAGUAAAUCAUCUGAUAGCAGCAGCGACGAGGAGUCACGGGAUGAAGGUGUUCUUCUCAAGCGUGGUGACAGUAGGCCAUCAAAUGAUGCAAAUGGAUAUUCUUUUGGCCUAACAAGCAGUGAUAGUGGGGAAGCAUCACGUUCAGAAGUUCAACAUUUUGAUCGCAUGAGCACGGGGACAUCUGAGGAGGGAAGUUUUCACCAUUUAGAACGUUCCAGCAGCAGAGGAUCAGAUGAGGGAAGUGUUCAUUCAUGAUAACUUACAAUUGAAUAGGCAUUCAUAUAUGCACACACUUUGACACGUUGUUUUGUAUAUCUGUGUCGAAGUUUUGUUGUUUAUACAUUUAUCAGUUUGGUUGAGCGAGACAAGUAUAACAUAACAGUAUAUGUAUAUCCUCAAAACAUAAAACUUGAAACUCUAUCAUCCACAUUUAUAUGCACUUUGUUUUGUUUUGUUUAGUAGGCUUCAGUUACAUUCAUGUAUUUACUUUUAGUUCAAGAACGAGUGUGAAGAUAACCGCGAAUUUCCAUAGGGGGUUGUUUAAAUUAUUGGAAACAGUAGCCCUUGUUUGUAUAUAAAAGAUUAUGGCAAUUCUAAUGGUAUUACUUAUUACUGUUGUCACAAUCAAAAAUUAAUUAUCAUAUGCAGGAAAAUAAAAAUCAUCAUAUGCAUAUCCAUGCAAUUAGGACAAUCAAACAGGUUAUUCUUAUUCAAUUCAACUGUGUUUCC